UGGGUGAAUCCAUGGUUAGUUUUUUGGAGAGGCGUACCAGUGCUAUUUCGAAGGCCACACAAUUAUCUGCUGCCUUUUUUAUUCGCAUUCUUGUAUCCAUUGUAUCACGUUAGCGGUUCGUACAGAGGUUGCGAAGAUCUUCGUUCUCAAGUAAACUUCACUAUAAUUACGACAUCAGGGUUGGUUGGUGACUUGGUGUGUUGCUGUUUCUAUUCUUGUGUGUUAUCGGGAACAAUGAUUAGCAUUUUCUGUUGCUAAUUCUUACUCUUGCUAGGCUGCUACCGUACUGGAGAUUAGUACUUUUAUGUUUGAAGUGAAGUAAGAAGUGCAAUUGCACUAUUUCAGAGAAUGCCUCUGAAAAAGAAAUACAGUGGCACUCCAGUGAGAAGUAAUUAUCAUCAAGAUAUCAUCAGCAACCUCCCCCAGAACCUAAGGGAAACCAUCUUAACUUACCUGCCACUUCAAGAUGCUGUAAGGACGAGCGUGCUAUCAAGUGAGUGGAGGUACACAUGGACUAAAGUUCCACGUCUUUGUUUUGAUGAGACGAUCUGUCCGGGAUCAAGUGGGGGUGACCAAUGGGAGUUUCAAAAUAAAUAUGUUACGCGCAUACUCCAUGUUUUGCUGCAACAUGAAGGUCCUAUAACCACGUUUGAGCUUGCAAUUCCUGAGAUGGAAAUCUUCCCUGAGAUGGACAGUUUGAUGUUGUUCUUGUCCAAAAGUGAUGUUGAGAGUCUCGCACUUAUGUUUAAAUCUGGCCAUUACAAACUUCCUUCAACAUUUUUCAAGUGUCAGAGAUUAAAAUCUUUGUACCUUAUGUCCUGUUUGGUUCAUCCACCUUCUGACUUCAUUGGAUUUAGUCAGCUUCUCACCAUUGACAUGUUCGAUGUAGACAUUGGUUCAAAACCACUUGAAAGCAUCAUUGCUUGUUGCCCCCUACUUGAAUGCUUGAAGCUAGAUAUGUCAUCCAUAUAUGCAGGGCCGGCCCAGAGGGAGUCUAGAGUGUGCGACCGCACAGGGCCCAAAAAAUUGGAGGGCCUAAAAUAAAUUUUUUAGUAGUAGUACUACUACUACUUUACUGCUCCCUAAUAGAAUACAAAUUAUGAACUUGAAAUCUAACACAAAUUAUCAAUAUUUAUGUCACAUAAGAAGACCCAAAUUUUGUCAUUGUACAGGGCCUUCGUUUUCUCAGGACCGGCCCUGCAUAUAUGAAUCCCUUGAGAUUCAGGCUCCUAGACUUCAUUACUUUAAAUUUAGAAGUAAAGUGAAAUGCGUUUAUUUCAAGAACACCCCACUUCUCAAGAAGGUUGUAAUUUUUAACGAUUCACAUAUUCAAACAGAGGAAGAAAGUGCUUUACAAAUGGAGUCUAAUCUUAUUGAGCUUUUUAGAUCUCUGCCAGCGCUUAGAGUUCUACAUUUUGACAAUCACUUCAUUCAGUUCUUAGCUGCAAGUGGAGUCCUAAAAAGACCUAGUCUAACUGCUGUGCACCUUAAUUCUCUUAAACUUCGGAGAAUAUGUUUAGAAAAAAUGAGGGAGAUGUCGUGUGUACUAUUCAUUGUUAGAAUAUCACCAAACUUGGAAGACAUCAUCAUUCGACUAUUUAAUUCUACUGGUGCUGCUGACCUAAAUCCUUCUCUCGAGUCACUGGAUGUUGAAGAAUACUCAGAUGUGAAACUAGAUCAGCCGAGGAGGGUGAAGUUGGAAGGUUUUACUGGUACAAGGAACCAAAUGGCACUUGCAAAGCUUCUUUUAACUAAAUCUCCAGGGCUUAUGAAAAUGAUAAUCAAACCCAAUGCCGAAGGAUGCGAUGAAAGACAAGGGUUUCUGAUAUUAAAAGAGCUUAUACGACUGCAGCGACCAUCAACAGUUGCAGAGAUUAUCUAUGGAUAGGUGUCAAUAUGACGAGUUCAGACUUCAGAGAAUGUGCUAAUGAAGAAUGAUUGAUAACUUUGUAUAUUAUAGUUAUUUCUCAAAGCCAGCUGCAUGUUAUAAUGUCUUUAAACCUUCUUUUGAUAUUUUCGAGUUGUAUUUUGCUGAUUUGGGUGAACUCAAUUUAGUUAAACUCAUUGUUCUAGCAAAUUUAUUAACUUUGACCUUUU